GCCGCCCAGGAGCCGCCGGGUUGCGCCGCGCUCUCGCAGCCACCCAACAGGUUGGAAAGUCAUUAAUUACUUACUCGGCCAUGCAGGUUUGCGCUCAGACGGCUCCUCUUGCCGCCGCCGCCGCCGGGGCUUUGCUGCUGUUGCGGCCGCCUUCUUGCUGCCCAUGGAGCACUAGCGCGCACGAUGGCCGCGCCUCCCGCCUUCUCCUCCCUCCGGCUCCUUGCGCCGCCGACGCUGCUCUUGCUGCUUGCCUGUUCCCUCCGUGCUAAGGACAGUAGUGAGGCAGCGGAAGGACAUGGCACCUGGAAUGAAGAGGUCACCAAGUGGUGGGGGGAAUGGAGCUCCUGGUCUACGUGCUCCCGCACCUGCGGAGGGGGUGUGAUGUCCCGGGAGAGGCAUUGCUUACGGCAGCGGCUACAAGUAUCUCAGAGGACAAACAGCAGCAUGUGCAUGGGUCAGUCCAAGCACUACCAACUGUGCCAACAACAGCUUUGCCCUGCCAACACAGCCAGCUUCAAGCAGCAUCAGUGCGCCAGUUUCAACGCCAAGGCCUUUGGGAAGCAUUAUUAUCACUGGAUGCCUCUCUAUCCAGAUGAUUACACCAGCAUCUCUAACAAGCCGUGUGAUCUCCAGUGCACCACCAGGAACGGAGAGAGGCAGCUGAUGGCACGAGCCCAGGAUGGCACAUCGUGCAAGGACAGGGCCUACCAAGGGGUUUGCAUCGAUGGGAAGUGUGAGCCGAUAGGGUGUGAUGGCAGCCUGUAUUCUUCCCAGGUGAUGGACCGAUGUCGAGUAUGCGGAGGAGAUGGAAGCACUUGCUACCGAGUCUCUGGUAGUUUCCGAAAGGGGAUCUCACAGUUAGGAUAUGUGUUCAUCACCAAUAUCCCUGCUGGUGCUACAGACAUUCUCAUUAUAGAGCGAAGAAAAACGGAGAACAUCCUAGCACUAGCUGAUGAAGCUGGGCACUUCUUCUUCAAUGGGAAUUCUGCUAUUGACAAUCCACAGAACUUCAGAGUAGCUGGCACUGUGGUCAAAUACCGCCGGCCUUCCAACCUCCACUCUGAUGGCCUUGAGUACAUUAUUGCGCAGGGGCCCACCAACCAGUCUCUCAAUGCCAUGUACUAUAACUUCAAUGGGAAAAUCCCCCAUGUAACAUAUGACUACACUGUGCCAAGGGUGCUGUCACCGGCUCUUCAAACUGUUCCUCCGGUAAUCAAGAUGCCUAGUCUCUCUCUUCACUUGCCAGAGCCCAACCACAGCCACAAUCGCCAAGAUGCAAUCUCAUCCAUUCCCCAAGAUUUCAAUGCCACUUGGUUAUCUCUUGCACCUGAUGACAUAGAGGAACGUUUCCCACAGGGGGAAGAGCAUGGAAGCAUAGCCUUCAAAGGCCAGAAUUUCUUCCCAAUUAAUUCCACUGUUCAAGGCAGGGACUGGGACUGGAAACACGGGGCAGAUGAUGGAAAGUUUGGGUUCCAAGUCCAACGGGUCUAUCACACAAAUGGAGCAGGUGAUGACGAAGAGAUGGCAGUAGGCAGAGAAACAGAUCUAGCUGCCAGACUCAAUUAUAUUACAAUCAGCACAGCCAUGCCUCAGGGUGCAGCGAGGCCUGAGUUCCAAGAAACCAGCAGGAUCGGGCAACGCCUCUUCAGGAAAUUGUGUCUCCAAGAUCCACAACAUGCUGCUUUUUGUAGGGGAUUUCAUUACCUGACAAUUAAGCUGGGGAGGAAGAAUUCAACAGUUGGAUUUUGGGGUAACAAUUUGGUAGAGUGGUCAGAAGGGUUGCAUAAGCGACCUGCGAAAAAGAACUUUCUAGAGGAUGUGAAUGCUGAAGCUGACACAGUGGACGAAGCAGCAAAUGGCACUGUGAUGGCAACAGUUUCCGAGCCCAGUUCCAGCACCGGCCUUCAGACUAACUUCGGGAACAAACAGCGCUCGGAACCUCUUCGGGCUCCUGGCACUGAAAGCAAUGACUUUGAGCUGAAUCCCCUUGGCCAUGAUGACAUCAGCCUGGCUGACAUGUAUCGCUGGAAAGUGUCAGCCUAUGCUCCUUGCAGCUCCACGUGCACAUCAGGGAUCAGCAGCUCCUACGCCAUGUGUGUCCGUUAUGAUGGCGUGGAAGUGGAAGAAGCAUAUUGUGAUGCCCUCACUCGUCCUGAACCCACCCACGAAUUCUGUGCAGGCAGAGACUGCCAGCCUAGGUGGGAGACUAGCCGGUGGAGUGAGUGUUCCAGGACCUGCAGUGAAGGCUAUCAGUAUCGAACUGUGCGCUGUUGGAAGAUGUUGGCUCCAGGUUUUGACAGCUCUGUGUACGAUGAUAUGUGUGAGUCAGCUGGGCUAGCCAGGCCCAUGGAACGGAAAUCGUGCAAGAACAAAGCUUGUGGGCCACAGUGGGAGCUCUCAGAGUGGUCUGAGUGUUCUGCUCGGUGUGGUGGUCCAGGGACAAUGAAGAGGGAAGUGCGCUGCUCAGUAGAACCUAAUCUGUGCAAUGAAUCAGUGAGGCCUGUCAGUGAGCGGGAAUGCGCAGGUCCUCCCUGUGACCGGCACUGGACUGCCUCUGACUGGGGACCGUGCUCAGGAUUGUGUGGCGAGGGACAAAUGAGCCGCUUUGUCACAUGCCGCAAUUUGGAAGGGAAGGUGAUCUCAGACUCCCAAUGUAACCCCAACACCAAGCCUCUAGCAAUCUAUCCAUGUGGAGAUCAGAACUGCCCUGCACAUUGGGUUGAGCAGGAAUGGGAUCAGUGCAAUGCCACGUGUGGCCGAGGCGUCAAGGUACGGACAGUGCUAUGUGUGGGGAUAGAGAACGGACUGUACAAGGAGUACCCUGGGAAGCAGUGCAAUGCUCUCCCAAAGCCAGAAGUCCAGGCAUCCUGCUUCAAGAGACCCUGCUCAACAUGGUUUUCCACCUCGUGGUCCCAGUGCAGCAAGACCUGUGGCACAGGGCUGCGUUUCCGCGAGGUAAAAUGCUACCAAGGAGAAGUCCUAGGGCAAGGCUGCGAGUCAGCUGCCAAGCCUGAAGCCAAGCAGACAUGCCAGUUACCGUUGUGUCCCACAGAUGCCCCAGAUGAAAACUGUGAAGACAAAGCAACAGCUAACUGUGUGCUGGUCCUAAAGGUGAAGCUCUGUUCACACUGGUACUACAGAAAGGCUUGCUGUAAAUCUUGUAGGAGCAAGUCACCCUGAUUCCACACCUGGCUGUUUAACUUCCCUGCCUGGAACAAGGAGCAAAAUGUCCUUAAGAGACAGAAGACAUGACUGAAAUCUGCAUUCUAGACCAGAAGCCAUGGUUCUUUGCUUGCAGCAGCCCCUGGAGAACAUCCUAUCCAGCUACUAAAAUCUUUUCUGUAGCAGUCAAAAGGACCCUGUUUACAGGGCCUUUUCAGAAGAUGUCAGAUCUCUAGACACCAACAUAUAACUAUCAGGCUUCACAGUGAUAUUUUAUUGUACAAGUGAAAUACGAAAAUCCCUGAUGUCCCCAUAUUGUGGAACACCUGGGGCUUAAUGAACUGCUACCCCUUCCUAUACUAGCAGGGCAUCCUUCACGUUCCUUUAGCCAGCCAGCUGUCCCGUUGAUGUUGGCAUUUUAUCCCUCCACAAAUCUAGCUGUUUCACAUCCAGGUGAACUCAGGCCUUUGCAUUUAUGUAAUGCUUCAGACAGUGCAAAGCACUUCGCAACCACUAGGACAUAAGGAGAGCCCUGCCAGGUCAGGCCAAAAAUCCAUCUGGUCCAGCAUCUUGCGAAGCCCAUCAGCAAGACAUGAGGGCAAUGGCCCUCUCCCGCUGUUGUUCCACAGCUGCUGGAAUUCCGAGACAUAUGUCUUGUAAAUAUGGAGUACCAAACAUGACGUAAUUUAGCCAAUACCAACUAAUAGAUCUAUUGUUUUUAUUGGAUUACUGUAUUUUAUUAAUUGUAUUUUAAUAAUUUUGUAAGUCGCCUAGAGUGGCCAUUGGCCAGAUAGGCGACGAAGAAAUUAAAUUUAUUAUUAUUAUUAUGGUUCAUGAAUUUAUCUAAUAUUCCUUAAAGCCAUCUGAGGUAGUGGUCAGCACCAAAGGGAGACAUAAAAUAGGUGCAACUAUGCUUUAGGAUAAGGAGUCAAGAGUGAGGCUUUGGGGAGGGCUCUGCUAAGGAGGAAACUGGCCCCUGGAGGAGGUCAUUGGGAGAAGGUAGAGGGUCCAUGUGAGGAAGCAACCCACUCUCCUCUUCUGAGGACUGCAAGAAAAAAAUCCUUGUAAGGAUCUCCCAACAGCAAUGCAUCACCAUUUUGCAAGCACUGUGUCAUCUCCACCCCACAAACUGAAGGCUGUGCAUUCCUCCUUUCCACUACCAGAGUAUGGAUCCUUCAGUUAAACAAAACAAAGUGGGGAGACAAUUUUUGUGACUCCUAGGAGGUAUUUUGGGGCAUUUGCAGAAAAGGAAGAAAGCCAGCAGGGGCAUGGUUGACAAUCAUGUGAAAACCUCAAGUGUGGAGGCCAGUCUUGCUCCUUCCAGCACAGUUUUAAAUGCCCAUGUCUGCACCAACUGUUUAAAUGCAAGUUUAUGAUAAUGUGUGGUCAGUUUCAAGCCUACUAGACUACGCACCAUCUUGCAUCUACCCCUUACUAUCCAUGCUCAAAUUUA